AUGCGUCUCAACCCAAUUUCAUUCCUCAAGCGUGUCUGGAGCUCCGCGCCUGCAAGCGCCUCUCCGACCUUCACCAAUAACUCGCUUCCUGCGGUUGACCUUUCGACGGUGAGCACAGGCAAUGCCCAACAGCCCGCUGCGAAUCUUCCAUCAAGUCCAAGCCUGUUCGCUGGAGCGCCAGGUAAGUCGAGCAAUAAGGCACGCCUCAUAGCUGCGAAUGCCUACUCCUACUCUCCCUCUGUCGCGCCUUCCGCUUACACUGCCUUCCCAGCUUACGUCGGUCUCACGGGAAGGCCGCUUCGCAAUAUACCGGCACCGACUACCUUGCUGUUUCCUCAGCCUGUUCAUGCCACCUGCAGCUCUCGCACGCCGUCCACUUCCACCGCCGACAGCGUCGACAUCGACAUGACGGACGCACCAGAGCAAGUUCCUACUCCUCCUUCCUCACCUCCUGGCAAAGACGACAUCCCAGCUGCCCCAGAGGCCACUUCAAGCGCAUCUGACGCUGGUACAUCUACUUCCUCGCCUCCUGGCAAAGACGACAUCCCAGUUGUCCAUGAAGCUACUCCGAGCGCAUAUGACGCUGGCACAUCUACUUCCUCGUCUCCUGGCAAAGGCGACAUCCCAGUUGUCCAUGAAGCUACUCCAAGUGCAUGUGACACUGGUACAUCCACUCCCGACGCCGACACAACCCGUCCCAAACUGCAGCCGAAGCGCCAGCAGGAUCGCCAUGUCACUCCUCGCCUCAAGUGUGAUAUCGCCGCCGAGAUCAUCAUGGAAGACGACGACGGCACAUUGCCCGAGCGAUACCUAGGGACAUGGCAAGGCAUCCGCUUCCACUCGCCAGACUACGCCGCCACGGCCUGCAACGGCUCAGGGCUUCAUCAUCUCGUUUGCGGACAUUUCGUCACCUCGGAUUCUCCCUGCGGUCUCAAUUGCUGCACUCCGUCCUUUGACGUGGGGCCCUUCAACUGCCCUCAAUGCCGCGACACCGUCCUGACCGUCAUCAAGAAACAGCUGUCGGACGCAGAGAAGGCCAAGUUGGAAGCAGCUGCCAAAGCGAAACACGAGCCUUACGCCGUUAGCUAUCUUGUCGAAUGUGUCUCGAGACGCGUCGAGUUAAAGGCUAACGUCACCGAGACGGUCAUGAGCAUAUUGCGUCCUAAGAGCUAUGGUCGCAAGUGCGAGGAGGCCGAGUCACCCAACUUACGUAUGGGUGACAUCGCUCGGCAGAUCGCAGACAUGCUAGUGUAUGGGGCGGAGAAGGAAUUUGCGCGGGAGAACACGCCGAUCCCGCAUGAGAAGCGCAAAGCAGUGGAAGAGGAGAUCGAGUUAGAGGUCACGAGCGACAAACAUACCGGCAAGAAGCGGAAGCCGAAUCCAGACACGCACCACAACCCUCUCCCCACCGAAAAGCGUGGGAGGAAGAGGACCUCCGAGACGCAGACCACCGACGCCCACUUGCGGCCUAGAACGAAGAAGAUCAAGACCACGCCUCCCGUUCAGAACGGAGAGGCUUCAUAUCAGUCACCACCACCCAGCGCCGUUCGGCCGCUCGCUCGCAAGCGCCACAGCGAGAGCGACAACGACGCAGCGGACGCUAACAAGCGUUCCCGGCUGACAGCUGCACAGAAGGAAGACGGGAACGCCACGGCGAUGUGGGACGAGAAGUGUCCUGAGCCGGAGUGGGUUCGUCGGGCGAAGAUGGCCAAGGCCUUUGAGGAUUUGGUGGAGAAUGAUGAGGAGGAGGAGCUAUGA